CUGACUGGUGGCACUGACUGGCAGCACUGCUGGGCUGCACUGGUGGGUGGCACUGGUGGGCAGCACUGGUGGGUGGGCACGGGUGGGUGGCACUGGUGGGCACAGGUGGGUGGCACUGGUGGGCACAGGUGGGUGGACACAGGUGGGUGGCACUGCUGGGCACCGAUCAUCAGGGCACUGAUCAUCAGUGCCCUGAUGAUCGGUGCCGAUCCCCGCUCUGACAACUGCCGGUUCUCGGCAGUACUUUCCUCACGAUCUGACAGCGUGAGGAAAGUGCAGCCGAGAACCGGCACUUGC